AUGGAUCAACUCCCCACAGUGAUCGAGAUCCUGGGGGCUUCCUCGCCGGCUCUCUUGCGAUUUGAUGUUGGAGCUGCGAGGCCACGCUACAUCGGCAGUGCUUCUGAGCUGGAGCAGAAGGAGGAUGGUUCCUGGAUCCUGACUUUGCCCGGGGACGCCUUCGUGGGUCGCGAAGCGACGCCCGAGGCGUGCCAAUGGUUCCGAACCACAACUGAAGAGGAGGUCACCGCGGUGCCGGCCCUGCGGGUUUCCAGGGUCCCGCCUCGGCAGCUGCUGCCGUCGAAGCUCCGAGGCUCCAAAGUUCUUGCCUGGGCCCCGGACCUUGCGCAGUUCACGGUGCUGGCCCCGCUGCCGAUCGACCCGAGGAGCAGCGUUGAAACAGACGGCGCUCGCGAACACCGCACUGUACAGUUGGCCGCCCUGGACGGCUCUCUGCCCUUCGAGACGAGGGCGUUGCACGCCGGGCCGCGCCGUGUACCAACCUCAUGGCUCCUCGCACGGGCCCCGCAGACGCCCGAAGAGGCACAGGUCUUGGCCACCACAGCCGGAGCUUGGGGCGGACGUUUGCUUGCGCUGAGCCCUGCGAUUGCGACGGACGACGAUCUUUGGCCGCUGUAUGCGACUGACGAUGGCGAUGCUCCUGGAAUCUCGUCCGGGCCCGUGCGGUACGCGCGAGUCCGCACCGUCCUGGAAGCCGACGGCAGUCUCAUGGUGGAAUGCUCCGAGGGCUGCGCUCUGAUUUGGCGCUGGGCUCUUCCAGAAGCCUUGGCCUUCGAGGCACUACACGAUUUCACAAGGGUGAACGAGCUUUCGGAGCAAAUUCAAGUUACCAUCCGCAGAAAACAUGCCGUUUAA